CCUGUCCAGAGCAGCGAGUACCUGCCAGCACUCGGUACACCCCCACUCGUCACCCGGCGCACCAUGGCAGCAGCCGCUCAAGGCCCGUUCAAGCUCAAGCUCACGCUCGGGGGAGGACCACAAGGGCCAUCCGCCACCGCCGCACCACUCCACCCGGCACACCCGGCGCACGCCCACCACCCUCCACCAGCCACCGGUCACCCACCCGCACCACACCCGCCCUCGGCCGCCUACGCUCCGCCUCCCUCGACCUCGUCCCCUCAGCCGCACCGUCAGCCGCCUCCUCCUCCUCCUCCCGGCGCGCCGCAGCACUACGCCCACCAGCCCGCCCACUACCCGCCGCAACAUGCGCCUCACCUCCCCCAGUACCACCAGCCUCCAGUCGCCGACGACCACGGCGACCGCGUCUCGGCCAACAAGUACCGCAAGCUCAAGCAGCUCCACCUCGACGCCGUCGCAAGCCGCGACGACGCCCACCUCGCCCUGUACCGCGCCCAGAAGCUCAUCGCCCGCCUGCGCGACGACAAGUCGUCCCUCCUCGACCGCGUCGUCGAACUCGAACUCGCCGCCGGCCUCACCUCGGCCGACGUCGCCCACCUGCGCGACCAGGCCCUCCGCUCCGAGCGCGAGCUCGCCUUCCCGCUCCUCCACCCGCCGACCCCGCUCUCGAUGGCCGACCGCGCGCGCCCUCGCCCCGUCCUCACCACCUCGACCGACCUCGCCAACGACCAGUACAACGCGCCCAUCGGCCCGGCCCCGCUUCCCAAGACGCUCGCGCCCCGCCAGCGCUCGCACCACCUGCGCACCGCCGUCGCGGCGCAAAAGCUCCGCGACGACUACGACGCGCAGCGCGUCGCGCACGGCCUCCCGCGCCCGGCCUUCCCCGCCGUCGCCGUCCUCGGCCUCGAGGGCUCGUCGAUCGCGCUCAACGUCGAGCGCGCCAUGUCGGGCGUCGAGCUCGUGCCCGCCGCCGAGGUCGCCGCCGCCGCUCGCGCCGGCAAGCGCCCGCGCGAGAGCUCGAGCGGCGUGAGCGGCGGCGCAGCGGCGCGGCCACGAGGGCGGGCCCGCCGCUCGAGCUUCUCGCAGCCGACGGCGGCUGCCGCAGCGAGUGCAGCAGGCGCCGUCGACGCGCCGACGUACAACAACCUGCCCAACCCGUUCGCCGCCGUCGGCGCCGUCCCGCUCGGCUCGACCAUGGCGCGCAACAACGCCGAGGCGAUCGCGGCCGCCGGGCCGAGCGACGCGCACGCGAGCGCCGUCGCCGCCGCCGCCGGUGCAGCUGCGCCCGAGGCGUCGGUCGAGCCCGACUCGGUCAUGGACGACGCGGCGUCGGUCGGCUCGGGCGAGCACGGCGAGGGCGAGGGCUUCCUCGACGAGGACGGCGGCGACUACAAGCCUGCGGCGCGGCGUGCCGGCGCGCGCAAGUCGGACACGGGCGCGGCCGGCGACGGCAAGCUGUUCAAGCCCAAAAAGGUCAAGCAGCACAACCUGACGACGGGCACGUUCAGCAUCCCGCCGAUCGCCCGCAACCCCGACGGCUCGGUGCGACUCCCGGCGUCGGUCGGCAUCAUGCAGAUCAAGAGCCUCGGCACGGUCGACCCUCGUGAAGGCUUCCACACCGAGCGCUACAUCUUCCCCGUCGAGUUCGAGGCGACGAGGCGCUACCCGUCCAUGGUCAACCGCACGGGCACGGCCGACUACACGUGCCGCAUCACGGACGGCGGCGACGGCAACGCGCGCUUCGAGCUGUACCCGUCGGACCAGCCGGGCGUCGUCAUCUCGUCCGGGACGCCGACGGGCGCGUGGAGCCAGGUCGUCAAGGCGACCAACAAGCUGCGCGAGCGCAACCACUCGAACUCGGUGUCCGGGCCCGACUACUACGGCCUGAGCCACAACGUCGUCAAGGCCAUGAUCCAGGAGCUCCCCGGCGCCGACUCGGUCCCGGGCUACAUCUGGCAGCACUUUGUCGAGGACGCCGCGCAGGCUCGCGCGCCGCCCGGCGGCGCGGCAGGCGGCAAGAAGGCGGCGGCGGCGGCGAGCAGGCGCAAGAGCCGAGGCGGCGGCGCCGGCGCCGGCAACGACGGGUACGACCAGAUGUCGCCCGGCGCGAGCGGCGAGAUCGCGGUCGACGACGGCGGCUACGGCCUCGACACGGGCUACGACCACGACGAGUACGGCUCGCCAGACGGCUACGCGCCGGGCACGGCGGGCGACUACCAGGUGCAGCCCAACUCGUCGUUGCAGCACCUCCUCGCGUCGGCCAACGCCGCGCCGCCGGCCAACCCGUACGACAUCCCGACGAGCAUGCCCGGCUCGUCGGCUCUCGACGUCGGCGCCGGCGUCGGUGCGGGCGGCGCCAUCGACCCCAUGUUCAACCUCGCCGGCGCCGGCUCGGCCGCGUUCGACCCGUACGCCGUCGGCGGGCAGGCCAUCAUCGACCCGGCCUUCGCCGACGCGAGCACGUACGCGUACCCGAUGCAGCCGGGCGGGCAACCCGUCGAGUACCCGUCGUCCGAGGCCGAGUCGGACUAGGUCGGACGGCUACGUCCCGCCGUCGUCGUCAACUCGCCCUUCCUCCUUCCUCCC